AGUAUUGGCACCAAAGAGAAAAAAAAGAAAUAUUGAAUGGAGAGAGAGAGAAGGAACAGUUGUUUAGGAAGAGUUCCACUUUUCCUUGCCUCUCCUCCUUUUCUUUCCAAAGUUUCCUUCUUCCUUAACACCUACCCAUUUAUAACUAUUCUCUCAUUUCUCACCUCCUACACCCCUCUUUAGAUAGAAGACCCUAAAAGCACCAUUCUAACUUGGGUCUCCCUCCUUCCUCCUUCUCAGAAAAGAUGGCACUAGAUCACAUUGACAGCAGAAGCUCCCUGAAAGAAGAUUGGAAGCCCUUUUACUCCCACAACAUGGAAAGCUUCUUUGACUUCUCCUUGGAUGAGAUUGAAGAGCUAAACAUGGAAAACGAAGAUUGUGGCACAGAUCUUCAGCUAGAUGCUGCAGAGGGCGACCUACCAAUUGAGAAGUACUGCAUUCCUAUGGACUCGCUCACUGAGCUAGGAUGGGACCUCCAUAAGGACUCUCAGCUGCAAUGGGGCACCCCAGGAGCCACUGAGCAUGUACCCAGAUCAACAUUUGUUCACAAUUUUCAAGCUCCGGUCAAGGCAAGGAGCAAGGGACUGCAGACGGGGCGGAGGGUGUGGUCACUGAACGUCUCGUUCGGCAACUCAUGGCAAGUGGUAUCCGACGAUAGAGACAAACCUGCCAUCGGGAAGGAGAACUUGGAAAGCAGCUUUCCAGCGGCAGCAGCUCAACAGGGAGGAGCACGCAGGUGCAGCCACUGCCUCUCAGAGAAAACUCCACAGUGGAGAAUGGGGCCACUAGGACCCAAGACGCUCUGCAAUGCCUGCGGCGUGCGCUACAAAUCGGGCCGGUUGCUGCCGGAAUAUCGACCUGCUGCGAGCCCUACUUUUGUAUCGACUGUGCACUCCAAUAGUCAUAGAAAAGUGAUGGAAAUGAGGAGAAAGAAGGGAUCAUUUUGAAUAUUUA